CAAAUCAAAUAUCAAAAAUUUAAAAUAAAAAUAAAUAAAAAAUAAAAAAUUGUCAAGUUGGGUUGCUUCUUUCUACCAUUGCUUGCGUGACAAAAAGGGGUUGGCCCUUCUAUUGUUGCUUAGUCACAUUUUUUUGAUUUCAACAUUUUCAUUCUCUCAGUUUCAGAUCUAAAACCUCAAUCCAACAUUCCAUGUUUUUCAGGUUUUGUUAAUCUCAGAUAUUACUAUGUCAUAGUAUAGUCCAACCAAAAAAAAAAAAAAACAACCUCGUUCAGACACAAAGGUUGCAACUUCUUCCUACAACUUUGUUGUCUGAACAAAACAAAAACGAUAAAAAAACAAGUCUUUCACCAAAUUAAAGAGAUGAUGUUCCAAGAAAACGGUAAUGGUGAAAUGGGUUUAUCUGGAAUUCCAUUGGGAACAAAGAACAAGUACAAGAGGAUGAGUUCUCAGCUUCCUGAUGAUAAUGAUGAUGUUUUACACCAACAACAAUUGGAAGAUAAGAGGAACAGUACUAGGAAAUAUGUUAUUGCUUGUGCAAUCUUUGCUUCUCUCAACAAUGUUCUUCUUGGCUAUGAUGUGGGUGUGAUGAGUGGUGCAGUUAUAUUUAUCAAAGAAGAUCUAAAGAUAACUGAGGUACAAGUAGAGUUUUUGAUUGGUAUUCUGAGUAUUGUUUCUCUAUUGGGUAGUUUAGGUGGUGGAAGAACAUCAGAUAUUAUUGGUAGAAAAUGGACAAUGGCAUUGGCUGCAGUUAUAUUCCAAAUGGGUGGAAUUACAAUGACUUUUGCUCCGUCAUAUCGAGUAUUGAUGAUUGGAAGAUUGUUAGCUGGGAUUGGAAUAGGGUUUGGAGUUAUGAUUUCACCUAUAUAUAUUGCUGAGAUAUCACCAAAUCUCACUAGAGGUUCUCUUACUGCUUUUCCAGAGAUUUUCAUAAAUGUAGGAAUUAUGCUUGGUUAUGUAUCCAAUUACGCGUUUUCCGGUCUUUCGGUACACAUAAGUUGGAGAGUAAUGCUUGCUGUGGGGAUUUUACCCUCAGUGUUCAUUGGCUUUGCUCUUUUCAUUAUUCCUGAGUCACCACGGUGGUUGGUAAUGCAGAACCGAAUUGAUGAAGCGAGAUCGGUGCUUUUGAAAACAAACGAAGACGAGAAAGAAGUGGAAGAGAGGCUAGCAGAAAUACAACAGGCUGCUAGUUUUUCUAAUUCUGAUAAAUACGAAAACAAACCCGUUUGGCGUGAAUUGUUGUUUCCUCCUCCUGCACUUCGUUGGAUGCUGAUUACUGGUCUUGGAAUUCAGUGUUUUCAACAGAUCUCAGGAAUUGAUGCCACUGUGUAUUACAGUCCAGAAAUUUUCGAAGCAGCUGGGAUUGAAGAUAAAUCAAAAGUUCUAGCUGCUACUGUUGCCGUAGGUAUAGCAAAGACAGUUUUUAUUUUGAUCGCCAUUGUUCUUAUUGAUAAAGUAGGAAGAAAACCCCUUCUCAUUACAAGCACAAUUGGGAUGACAGUUUGUUUGUUCUGUAUGGGGGCUACUCUUUUAUUUUUCGAUAAAGGGCCAUUUGCGAUUGCAUUGGCGGUUCUUUUUGUUUGUGGAAAUGUGGCAUUCUUUUCAGUUGGACUCGGCCCUGUGUGCUGGGUUUUGACAUCAGAAAUCUUCCCUUUACGAGUGCGUGCUCAAGCAUCUGCACUUGGAGCUGUGGCCAAUAGGGUUUGUAGCGGCCUUGUAGCCAUGUCUUUCCUGUCUGUAUCCAAGGCAAUUUCUUUCGCCGGAACGUUCUUUCUGUUUUCUGCUAUUUCUGCUCUUGCCAUUGUCUUUGUUUUCACAAUAGUACCUGAAACCAAAGGAAAGUCAUUGGAACAAAUUGAGAUGAUGUUUCAGAAUGAACACGGGACUCAAGAAAAAGAAACGGAGCUAAGUGAUGUUGAACAACUAGUGCAGAACAAAACCGAAUUAACAAAUUAGUUAAUCAUUCCACACAUUUACAUGACUCUGAUGGAUCUGUCUUUCCAAAGCUACGCAUAUUUCAUCUGUUAUGUCCACGGCUUUAAGAAUCCCACAUGUGUGACUCCGCGAGAAGAGAAUUCUAUAUCUGAUAUAGGACAUGAGAAAAACUGAGACAAAUUGCAUUCUUAUUGUAUACUCAAACUUUUACUACUUGUACAAUUUUUCUGUUUCUUUUAGUUGCAUUUAAGUCAAUAAUAGGAUUGUAUAUGCAUGGAGAAAUUUUUGGUGGAGAUGAUCCUGUCUCCACAGUCUUUUGAGAUAUUCAGAAACAGUUUAUAGUACUAUAUCAUUAGCCCAUUUUACAAUGUACUCCAUGAUGGAUGUAAUUCAUAUGAAAAUUCUUUAAUAGAUUAAAUUCUUUUAAAUAUUA